GCCGUAGCGUGCGGUCGUGUUGUGUCGCUCAAAUCGCGUAUUAAUAAACAAAUCUAAGCAAAUAAAAAUUAUGACUUGUAAAUUACAUAAAAAACGUUUGCGAGCAUGGUAACAAGAAUAUGACUAAUAAAACAACCCUCGAUAAAAAUAAAAACAAAUUGUGAGCUCUGUGCCAAUAAGAAAUGCUUGAGGAAAAGUAUUUAGAAUUUGCGCGAAAUGCAUUAACAAUUGCAAGCCCAGUCAAUUUCAGUUCAUGAGAAUUUGACAUUUAAAUUGCUGUCGCUAUUGCUUUUGGUGUUGGCGGCUUUUGUGGGCUAAUAUACGCUAGCGGUGGACGCACCCAGUAAAGACCAAACACGCCAAAAAGCAAAACCAAAGCCAAAAACCCCAAUUCCAAUUCCAAUUUGCUGUAAAACAUUGUGCAUGUAGUGUAUGUGUGUGAGUGCGGGUGAAAGAGCGAGGGACAGCAGCAGAGCGGGGCUGUCCAGCCGGUUUGCUAUGCGCGCUCUCAAGUUAAUUGAGAAUAUGAGUAUAACAACAAGUAACUAAGAAAGCAAAUAGCAUAAAGCAUGCAGCUAGCUUUAAACGUGUCUGUGCAUGUUAGUUUAUGAGUGUGUGUGUGUUUGUGUGUGUGUGUGUGUGUGCAAGUACAAUAACUAUUAUCACAACAUGCAUAUCGGCGACCAUUAAGUGUAGACGUGUUCUAAAAAAAAACGCGUAACCUACGCAACUCCUUAGUAACGAGCCUUACUUAGCGACCACGCCCCUACCCACCCAACGCCCACGCAAAGAUGCUGUUGAAACUAAUUGUAUUACUUUGUGGCUGCUGCUGCUGCUUACUGAUGGUCAAGGGUCACAAUUGCCAGCACCAGCAUCCCAAGGCACAUGAAGUUGUGCAUGGUGUGCACAUUGAUGUGGGCCAUGAAGAUGAUGGUAAUGCAGCCGGGCAUGGUGCACGCCACGUGCGCAGCAUUGUCGCCAAUCAACCGCUACGCAUACUGUUGGUCUACGAUGAAUCGGUUUACAGAUUAGAGGAGGAGAAAUUCAACUUAAUAAACGACACAGUGUUACCCGAAGCCGUGCAGUUCUGGGAACAGGCAUUGAUGGUUAGAGAAACAAAGGGCGUCAUACGUCUCAAUCGCAAGUGCGACAGCACACAGGUGUAUGUGAAAAAUGGACACACCUAUUGCAUUGAUCAGUGCAAGGCAACCACCAUGUGCGGCGAGGUCCAAGUGCCCAACGAGCAUCUGGAUGUUUGUCGUGUGUGCAACAGCACUGGUCAAAAUUGCCGCAUCGACACCAACACCCAACCCGGUGAGGGAAUCGAGAAUGCCGACUUUGUUUUCUAUGUCUCGGCGCGACAGACUCAGCGCUGUUUCAAAGGCUUGACUGUGGCUUAUGCGGCGCAUUGUCAGCAGGAGGCGCUGCUGGAUCGUCCCAUAGCUGGACAUGCCAAUUUGUGCCCCGAAAGCAUCAGUACCAAGCCGCAAGAGCUGCAAACACUCAUAUCAACUGUAAAGCAUGAAAUUCUACACGCAUUGGGCUUUUCUGUUAGUCUCUAUGCUUUCUUCAGGGACGAUGAGGGCAAGCCGCGCACCCCGCGCAAAUCGGAUACCGGCAAGCCUUACCUUAAUGAAAAAUUGCAGAUACACCAGUGGAGCAAUGAGACCAUACGCAAAGUGGAGCGCAGCAAUUGGGCAGUGCGCGGUGGUCAUGUCAAGAAGGUGGUGGACAUGAUGGUUACUCCGCGCGUGGUGAGCGAAGUGCGUGCGCAUUUCGAUUGCGACAUACUGGAGGGCGCAGAGCUGGAAGAUCAGGGCGGCGAAGGCACUGCUCUUACACACUGGGAGAAGCGCAUUUUGGAGAAUGAGGCCAUGACGGGGACACACACACAGUCGCCAGUAUUUUCACGCAUUACCUUGGCGCUAAUGGAGGACUCGGGCUGGUAUCGUGCCAACUACUCCAUGGCCACCCCUCUGACUUGGGGCAAAGGCUUGGGUUGUAAUUUUGUGCUGCGCAGCUGCAAAGACUGGAUACAAGCGAAUGCUAAUCGGGGACGCUCCAUACAUCCGUUCUGCUCAAAAGUGAAGCAGGAUCCGUUGCAAACGGAAUGCACAGAUGAUCGCAACUCUGUGGCACUGUGUAAUCUCAUCAAGCAUGACUAUGAGCUGCCCAAGUCAUAUCAAAACUUUGACACUCUCAACAAUGUGGAUGACGGCGAAGAGGGCUACUAUGGCGGCUCAGUAUCCUUAGCAGACCAUUGCCCCUACAUACAGGAGUUUACCUGGCGCAGCAAGAACAUAAUUGUGCGCGGCUCCCACUGCCGAUUUGUGGAGAAUAACCCAAAGCCAGAGAAAAACUUUGCUUUGGAGAGCUAUGGUCACGGCUCCAAGUGCUUUGAUCACAGCGAAAACAUGUGGGAGGAGCUCUCCUGCCAUCAGACACGGGAAUGGCAACAUUGGGGCAGCGGCUGCUACAAAUACAAUUGCCACGAUGGACGACUGCACAUACUUGUUGGGAAUUAUAGCUACAAAUGUUCAUUUCCCCGACAAAAGCUCUACAUACGAAUUGAAGCUCAUGGCUGGCUGCAUAAAGGUGCUAUCAUGUGUCCGCCGUGUCACGAACUAUGCGGCGCAUAUUUUGCCAGCCAGGGAAAGCAAUGCCGUCCUGGGGAGGAGCCUGAUCCAUUGAACAAAUACCCACGCGAUAAUCUCACAUGUGGAGCGCGUUCGGAGCGUCUUGAUGUGGCCAUAAUAAGCACUGCUUUAUUUGUAUUGUUGUUGUUGCGUCAACUCAACUAAGCAGAUCAAAUUUAUAUGUGUACUCUAUGAUUUAGUGAAAUUUUUGUAUAUUAUGCGUCUACAAUAUGCUCAACAUGUCUAGAUUUAAUAAGCUAUAACUCUAUACCUAUAUUUAUGUGUGUAUACUCGUAUUUGUAUUGGACCAUACCGAUAUGUGAUCUUUACUAAUGUUUAUUUGCCCUAAGUUAUAACUUUUUUGUUUACUACGCAUUCCAAAGCAAUUGCUAAUUUUGUUUAAAUUUUUCUACAUAGGUACUACUUAAGUUAGGCUUGUGAAGUUCGUUUUGUGAUUAUGCCCCAAACGUUUUGUUUUGUCAACUAAAAAAAAUAAUUUGUUUUGUUAUUUAUUUGUUUAUACCUGUCACUUAGUUUAUCUAAAUUUAUCGUGCUACAGGCCAAUCAACAACAUUAGCUGCUGCCUUAUAAGCAUUUAAGAUUAUUUUCUAAAUAUAUGUAGUAUUUUUUAAUUACGGAUUACUACCAUCCAACCAUAUACAUGAGUUG